AUGAACAUGGCAACCGGUUUAGCUCAGGAGGCUUUAGGGGAGGAAUUAACCUGUGCUAUUUGUCUGGAGAUUUACACGGACCCUGUGAUACUCGACUGUAAACACAGCUUCUGUCAAAGCUGCAUUGAGGAGACCUGGAAUGACACGGCUGCAGCCCCUUACUGCUGUCCUGAAUGUAGAGCAGAGUACACCGAGAGGCCCGGCCUUGAGAGGAACUUUAAACUGGCAAAUAUCGUUCAGAAAUACCUGGCUCUGGAGGUCUCCCAGGAUGCUGUUCUGUGUAACUAUUGCACUGAGAAAAUACGGCCGGCAGUGAAGACCUGCCUGAAAUGUGACGCUUCCAUGUGCCCCGAACACCUCAGACAUCACACCGAGAGCACUGUGUUUAAAAGCCAUCUCCUUGUAGAUCCCACUGCAGAUGUGUCCCAAUGGAAAUGUACAGAGCACCAGGAGCUGCUGAAGAUUUACUGUAAGGAGGAUAAGGUGUGUGUCUGCACUCUCUGCACUGUAUUUGGGAAACACAAGGGCCACAAUUGUGGGAGCAUCAGCGAAGGUGAGAAGGAGCUCAGGAAUCAUUUACAACAUCAGCUUCAGAAGAUUCGGAACAAUGUCGAAGCAGUUCACCUUGUUCUAAGUGAUCUUCACAAAGAGAAAAAGAAUGCACAGAGCAUGAAAAAAGUUGUACAGAUGAAAAUUAAAGCGAAAUAUGAGACACUGAGGAAGCACAUUGACAAGGAAGAGAGGCGGAUACUGCGGUACCUGGAAAGUGAACAAAGCCGUCUGACUACAGAGAUUGAUGUUAAGAUCUGCAACCUGGAAAAGAAAGUGAAAGACUUUGAAAAGUCUUUUACUGAUCUCAGUGACCUUCUGAAACACAAUGAAGAUCUUGUAUUUAUCCAGGGUCUCAAUUCCAUGGCAGACCGGUAA